CCUCUACUCCCUCACCCUCCAACUCAACCAUUCGGACACAUUUCUACUUACAUACAGCAUAUGUCUCAGAGGCCCAACGUCCCUCACUGCUCCUCCAUUGCCUUUGCCCGCCACUCCCACCUCUUGAUCACCAGUGACAUGAACCCUAAUUGGUCCUCCUGAAAGCCCUUCGAUUUUUUCCCCCAAUUCAGUUUUGAUCCAAAUUUUCAAUUCUUUCAUUCUUUUUCUAACAGACGAUCCCAAAAAAAGGGAAAAAAACCCCCAAGAUUCGACCUUUGAUUUACUUGAGCAAAUGGGUAUCAAAGGAUUUGUCGAGGGAGGCGUCGCUUCCAUUGUCGCCGGCUGCUCCACCCACCCGCUGGAUCUUAUCAAGGUCCGUAUGCAGCUCCAGGGCGAGAACAACCCCGCCCGGGCUGCCGCCCCCCAGCACAUCCACAAUCUCCGCCCUGCUUUUGCUUUUCAUUCCCAUUCUGCCACCCUGGUUGCCCCGCCUCCGCCGGCCGCCGCCGCACGCGCCGGUCCAAUCUCGGUCGGAGUCAAAAUUGUUCAGACCGAAGGUGUUAAGGCGUUGUUCUCUGGAGUCUCCGCCACCGUCCUCCGCCAGACUCUCUACUCCACCACCCGAAUGGGCCUCUACGAAAUUUUGAAAGUCAGAUGGGCAGACUCGAACUCCGGAAACCUACCCCUGCCCCGAAAAAUUCUCGCUGGACUCGUCGCCGGUGGAGUUGGUGCCGCCGUCGGAAACCCCGCCGACGUGGCCAUGGUCCGGAUGCAGGCUGGCGGCCGUGACUACAAGAACGUGAUCGACGCGAUUACGAAGAUGGCGAGGAGCGAAGGGGUUCUUAGCCUGUGGCGCGGGUCCAGCCUUACGGUAAACCGCGCGAUGAUCGUUACGGCGUCGCAGCUGGCGUCUUACGACCAGUUCAAGGAGGCGAUUCUCGAUAGGCACUUGAUGAAGGACGGCCUCGGGACUCACGUGACCGCGAGUUUCGCGGCGGGGUUUGUGGCCUCCGUGGCCUCGAACCCGAUCGACGUGAUUAAGACGAGGGUUAUGAACAUGAAGGUGGAAGCCGGGCGGGACCCGCCGUACACUGGGGCCCUGGACUGUGCCCUAAAGACUGUGAGAGCGGAGGGGCCCAUGGCCCUUUACAAGGGCUUCAUCCCUACGAUUUCGAGGCAGGGGCCAUUCACUGUGGUGCUGUUUGUGACGCUUGAGCAGAUCAGGAAGGUGCUUAAGGACUAUUGAGAGUUGGGAUCCGACCAAUGACGAUGAUGAAAAAUAAUCACCAUGAUUAUUAUUUUUUUUUUUCUUUUUUCAACUGCGAGAAUUAUUAUUGAUUAAUGAAAUUUUACGUUUGGAAUCUGGCUA